GGCACGUCCUCGAGCUCCGCCGGCUUGGCGCGCAUCCUCCUGCCGAAGUAGGCUCGUAUCCCCGGCGUCCGCCUGCUCGUCCCGGGGUGCGGACCAGCCCUGAGCUCGCCGUGCAGCAGGGCUUCUUCGGACGGUCCUCGCGGAAGCCAUGGGCCGCCGGCUCGGAGGGGUGGCGGCGCUGCUGCUCGGGCUGCUGGUGGAGUGCACAGAGGCCAAAAAGCAUUGCUGGUAUUUUGAAGGACUCUAUCCUACAUACUACAUAUGCCGGUCCUAUGAAGAUUGCUGUGGCUCCCGGUGCUGUGUACGGGCCCUCUCCAUACAGAGGCUGUGGUAUUUUUGGUUCCUGCUGAUGAUGGGUGUGCUGUUCUGCUGCGGAGCUGGUUUCUUCAUUCGUCGCCGCAUGUAUCCACCACCACUCAUUGAGGAGCCCACAUUCAAUGUGUCCUAUACCAGGCAACCACCAAAUCCUGCUCCAGGAGGACAGCAAAUGGGGCCACCAUAUUACACCGACCCUGGAGGACCCGGGAUGAAUCCUGUUGGCAGUACCAUGGCUAUGGCUUUCCAGGUCCAGCCCAAUUCACCCCACGGAGGCACAACUUACCCACCACCUCCCUCCUACUGCAACACACCCCCACCCCCCUAUGAACAGGUGGUGAAGGACAAGUAGCAAGAUGCUACAUGGAAGGCAAAGAGGAUGGACAGGCCCUUUUGUGUCCCUCCCCAUCCUCACUGAUACUUGCUGAUAGGGCGACCCAAGGGCAAACUUCUCUUGGAUAUUUUCAAAGCAAGCCCAUGUGUCUUUCAAGUUUUUUGUGGAGGACAUUUGAAUCCACACUGUCUCCUCUGUUGCUUCUGUUUCUGAUGUAGUCUGUGCUCUCUGGAAGAGUGUGGCAGCAGUCCCUGAGGGUUGAUAUUCCUAGGGUGACCAGGGUAGAUCCUCGGGAGUAAGGCUAAGAGGAAAGGAAGGAAUAGCCUAUAUGUCAGGGGGCAGAUAGAGUGGUCAGGUGAGCUAAGACUCACAUGAUACAGUACUUGGCAGUGCAGUUUGAAGCAACACUAUCCACUGUCCCAGCCCAUUCUUCUAAUAGAAGCUGUGGGGAUGUGCUGUUGAUGCUCUUUGGUCUCUACUCACAUUUUGAAAAUAGGUUUUCCUCUGCAGGAAAGACCCAAGUAUAUAUUGCUUCUAUUAAAACAUGAGGGUCAGAAUCAGGCCUCAGUUGGACAUCUGUAGUGAAAUAAGGACCGUAAGAGAGGGGAAGGCUUUAAGUUAGGGAAAAUUCUCUAAAUGGAGACAUUGCGUUUUAUGAAUCAUGAUCUGGCUUUUCUUUUAGUGCAUGUAUUGAAGUGAGGGUGUGUCCUUUGAGAUCAGAUGGAGAGUGUACACUCUAGGGGUGGGGGAUCUCUGCUCAGAGGGCUCCAACACCCUUUUCUUAGGUAGUUCUGGUGAUGGGUUUUAUGGACACUAUAGAGCUGAGGAACACAUUAGACUGGGUAGUUACAUUGACCCUUGGAGAGGGAGAGAACAGCCAAAGAAACCCAGCAAAGCAAGACCAGCAUUGCUAAGUAAGAGCUAGGGUUGUAUGUGAUCAGAGCAGAGAUGUGCUGGCCUCAGAAGAGGGGACAUUUGUGGAUAGAACAGUGAAAACCUACUUAGUUGCACAGACGACAUAAUCAAAAGUAGAGAAAGAAGUGUAGUUAGAGAUGCUGUUUCCCAGGUGAGAAUCGGAGCUCAUCCAUAUAUAUACAAGUAGUGGUGGGAGUUGUUAGCUGUAUGGAGUUCUGUUCUCUUGUGUAGUUAGUCACGUUGAUGUGUAUUUAAACCCAGGUUGAGACCUUGUGUACUAAGAGCAAGGAAAUAUAGCUAAGAUGUCUAGAUUAUUUAUGUGUAGUAUGUUGGGGAGUGGGGCUGCGAGGAAGGGGGCUGACAUUGUAAAUGAACUUAUCAGAGCCAUUUGAUAAACUGUUAAUUGUUGAAUCAGGCAUCCAAACGUGUUUCUUGAGUGGACAUUGAGUAUUCUUUACCACCUACAAGACCAGGAGGUGUGGUGUCAGUCUCCAUUGGGGUAUUUAUAUGAGGCGGAGGUUCAGGAGUCGACAGUAGCUAUGGGGGCUUAGCUUAAAGACAGAAAGCAUAGGGCCUGGUAGACAGUUUCAUAGGAAAUUGCAGGGAAGGAAUGGAUACCUUUAAAGGCAGUUAAGGAUGCAGCUGCUGCUGCCCAUCAGUGAGCACCUUUGUGUCUCUGGCUUCCUGUUACUGGAUCCAGUACCCUUCAUGCUUGGGUCCUUGUUUUACAUAAGACAACAAAGCACAAUGUCUGCUGUUUACAAUCAAGAUGACUACAUGGUCCAAACAUUUCCUCUCUCCUCUAUCACUUGUGGCUUUAACUUCAAUUUCCUCUGUUCCUUUUUCAAAUCAAGAAGCACAGUCAGAGCUGCCCCUGGGAUUGCAUCAGGGAACAGCUGAUCAAGGCACUCAGUGUCCAUGACUAAAUCUUAUCUUUUUGAUAGCAAAUCCUUUUGAGAAACUGAACGACUGAUAGGGCUCAAUAAUUUUAUACUUCAGUGUCUGUGUAAGAUAAAUUUUGUUAGCCAUUGAGCCCACAUUGGAAUUCCUUCAGACGUAACCACUGACAAUGCCUAUGAAAAUUGCACUUCUGGGGGUGUUUCCCAGCGUUCUUGUUUCCUUGUAUUUGGUGAGUAAGGCUCACCCCUUCCAGCAGCUCCACGUAUGUGUGCUGAGGUCCUGUAGAGCCAGUGCUUGGGGACAGACCCUAAGCAGACUUGUGCAUGCUCUCUCUUGGCAACACUUGGCUCAUAUUUGUUCUUUGUUCUCUUUUGAUAGAGUCCUGUUUCCUAUGUAUUUAAAAAAAUAAAAGUGAAUUUAAUCAUA